AAACGUUCUGAGAAGUAUACACGUAUAGACCGAAGGUAAUCGAUGGAGCAGCAGCUAAAAUACAAUAAAAGAAUGAGGGUCUAUUGUAAUGUCCAUCUCGGGGUCCAUCUGUACACUGAUCAGGCGGGAGUAUAUACUAAAGUACUCUAUCUGGGUAUUGGCGAAUUAUAAUUUCUGCUGUAUGAAAUAGUAUAUUUAGUUAUUCUGCGAAGAUUGAUCAACAAUGGCAUGGUUUUCAAAAAGGAUAAUUUUCUUUUUGUUCAUCGUCGUUUCUACAAUCCUGUUCAUCAUUCUCCAGUUUACCAACAUCUCAGAUCUUAUUUCCAGCUCAUCUGUUCAAAAACAAUCCACCUCAGAACAUUAUGGCAAUAGACCGAUUAAUAUACAUGAAAUACAAGAGAACGCAGAGCGUGGGAGAGGGGAGGGGAUAAAUAAGGAACAUACUAAAACCAACAAGAAGAAACGAGAAAAAAAUAAUGGAAUGGGGUCCAAGGCAAAUCUUAGACCAAACUGGAACGGAAAUGCUUCAUCAAUAUUUCCCCCCAACAAUGAGCCAAAGUACAACAUUGUAUUACGAAAGGCAUCGGAACCCUAUUAUCCUAAUGUGUUUCAAUAUGAUGAGGAAGGAAACAUUCUGUAUUUGAAGAAGAACGAGAUGACAACCAUGAGACCCGGUGCCACCAAAGAACUUGUCUUAUCUGCUCCUGAGUUGUUCGAUAAAAUUCCCACCCGAUUUCUGGAUAACUUUAAGAAUCCAUGCUGGCUUCGAGAAGGGAAUGAGUUGAAUUGUCUACCGUACUUCUACAUCAUUGGCAUGUACAAGUGUGCAACCAGUGAUAUUUGGGACAAGAUUGUUCAACAUCCAGACAUCUCGAAGGCUGCCAAGGAACCCCACUGGUGGGGGCCAAGAAGACACGGAUACACAGUCAGUAGAGUCUUUCGCCAAGUAGUAUUACGUUCUCGUAACGUGACCGGAGGUGUAGACGAUAGCUCUUUAGAGUGGUAUCUCAAUAUCUACAAAUUUGAUGUAAUUCGUAGACUUCUCGAAGGAAAGGAGAAAAGAGGAAAUCAAUACUACUACCCAAUGGUCUAUGGUGAUGCUUCGAUAUCUACCGCUUCUGCCAUGGGGCUGGAAUGGAUUGAACAAUACCCGAACGAUAAAGAACCACCAUACACUAACGCUGAUCUUAUCCGAGCUCUCCAACCUAAUGCAAAGAUUAUACUUAUGGUGCGGAACCCCACUCAGAGGGCUAUUUCAUGGUGGUGGUACAGUCACAGAUCUCAUAUUCACAGCCUCAAAAGUCCAUAUUCUGCGAAGACUUUACACGAACAAAUAGUCAAAUACAUCGAGUGUUUUAAUGAUUGUUUGAAGGAGCACAAUCUCAGGUAUUGUGCCUACGCAGCCGGUUGUCCUUAUGAAUUAAUUCCCAACAUUCAAGUUGGAAUUUACCACGUGUAUCUCCAAGAUUGGAUAAGAGCUUUCUCACGUGACUCAGUACUCGUCAUUCGAGUGGAAGAUUGGCACACCAAUCAGGCAGAGCUCUACAGAAAAGUUAUGGAAUUCCUAGAUUUAAGGCAACUGACACAGAGUCAAUUUGGAGAGAUAAUGGACCGUGAAACAAAGCAUAUCACUGAGAAAAAUCACGAGGAUGCUUGGCCAGAGACUGUCAGUCUCCUUGAUAGUUUCUUUCAUCCUUAUAAUAAGGAACUGGCGAAACUUAUGGGAGAUGACAAGUUCUUGUAUCUAUGAAUCAGUUUUUCCAUACAGUACAUAAUGGGCAAGUCCCAAGGCAGGGAGACAAGGUAUCAAAUUAAUGCAGAAAAUAAUGUGCCUUAUGCGCUAAUUUGAUUUCACAAACCUAGCUUCAUACCUGUUCAAAGAUCAUAAAGGCCUUUCAAACUGCUAUUUUGCUUUUGGUUUUAUCAAUUUCCUUGAGAUCUCCAGGAUUCUACAACAUAGUAAAUCUAGUGAAAAUGACAAUAAACAGUUGAGAGUUCUUAGUCGAAAAUUAGUAAACCGGGACAGUUGAUCAUCGUAAAAUUCUUAGCUGACAAAAAAUAGCAAAUGUUGUUUGUCCAGUCACGGACGACACUGCUGUUUUGAUUCACCGAUUUUCGACAAAGACCGCUAUGUCAUGAAGGGCUUUUGACAAUAGAUUGUCCACAUUCCAGAAUGAGUCUACGUAGUGGUUGUGAAAACUCCCUAUUGAAAUUGACUGGAGAUAUAUUUUCAAGAAAUCCAAAAUCUAUGUUGAGGUAAAUAUUUAUGCAUUUCCAUAUUCCAGAGGCCAUAAGACAUUAAGUGUACUCUUUAUAAAAUGCAGCACGAGUAACACACAUUUUCUUUACGUAGACGCACUACAAAAAUAAAAAUAUUUUUCUGAUCUUAAAAACAUGUUUGUAAAGCUCAAAUUUUGUGCUAAAUAAUGUGCUUAUGUGAGGGGAUUAUGAAACGUACACGAAAACUUAGAGAUUGUGGAAAUGUAAUGUAAACUGUGAAAUUGGCCAUUACAUGUAUGUCCCCCGCACCCAUCUAUCAUUGUCCUUAACUCAUGUUAAAUUCUUCAUCUCUCUCUCUCUCCUUCCUCUUAUUUCGCGCUCUCUCGCUCCAUUCAUUCUUUCUUUUUCCCCCUGGUAUUAUGUUGAAUCACUGACCUUUAUUAAAAAUCUAGAUAAUGUUAACUAUAGGGAUUCCAUGAAUGUUGAAAUACUGUAUGUGCAUCAUUUUUUGUAUAUUUUCCCCAUUUUAUUUUUCUGAAAUAAAAAUUUGAAUAUUUUGAGACUCAAAGCAAUUUUAUCUAUUCAUUUGAUUUUGAACAUCUGGUAUUAAGUGAUGUGAUAAAAGGGGUGUUCAAAUUAAAAAGAUGUAUAUAUUCUGAGGUGAGAGGAUACUGGAAAUUAUUGGAAGAACCAUGCAAUGAACAGCUACGCUACAAAUUAAAAGCCAUUUCAAAUUUUACAGCCAGCCCAUAUGCCUAGGACUGUUUUAUUUAUUUCUUCCCUUGUUUGACAAAACACACAAUUGAUGUUACAAAUAUAGAAAUACCACAACACAUCUUGUUUAAUUACAUGCACAUCAUAAUGAAGUAUGUAUGCACAGAUACAUUGAUAGUCUGUUUCAUAGUCAUUACAGGGUACACACAAGUCCUACAAUUGAGUAUUCAUCUGUAAAAUGUUAUCAUUCAUGAAGUGUCACCUUUUUAUGCAACCAUAAUUUCCAUAUGAACUUACAAUGGGCGUAGGGCAUUAUCACCCUAAAUUAUAUGGAUGACAGUGAUGAUACCAAGUUUGGUGUUGGUAAUUGUGUUGUGGACAUGAAUUGGGAUGCUAAUUCUUGCUUAAACACUGAUUAGUAUUAGUGCAAUACAAGAAAUACCUCAGUAUCACAUAAUCCCUAGUUCAACACCUACGUCAAUCCUAGCACCAACUUCACUUCAUAUUCUGUGUUGUGCUUUUGCUAAUUUGACUUAACACUACCAACACCAGCUGUCAACACUAAACUUGAUUAAAAUCACACAGUGUUUGGUACAAAUUGAUGAUGACAUACAAUUUUCUCUGUGACAGUGAGAUAUCUUUUCAAUUGAAUUUCAAUUCAACACUGCAUUUACAUUCAGGCUCUUUUAUUACAUGGUAUCUCAUAUCUACAUGUAUUCCUUUUAUAGGCAAAAUGGUUUCAUUGAAUCAAGUGUCAAUUCUAAAGCAAAGUUUGUUUCUUCUUGAAAGUAUGCUGUAAUAUCCAGAGCUCAUUAAAAUAUAUACAACUCUAAGAAUUUAUCACUAGUUUAAGAUGCUAAUUAAAACAUUUAAAAAUGACAAAUCUAAAAUACUUUUAAAAUAUAUAAACAUAAUUGCCAAUCAAUUCAGGUGACAUGUUUAUUAACAAAAUAUAGAGCAUACUUUAUUUAAUGGUCAAUUGCUCCCAUAGAAGUCACAUGAAACCCAUAAUUGGAAGCCAAAACAAUUAAAUAUAAUUGGAAAGAUACAUGUAUGAAGAAUAAGAAUACACCAAUUCAUGUUUCAUGCAUUUUCAAUGUACAUGUAUGCUAGCCUAUCAUUUUUCUUUAGAAGCGCUUAAAUUUGUGUCUACAAAAUUGUGCUUCUCACUGACCUAAAUUCUACAGUGUCAUGUGUGAACAGAGACAAUAGAGUUGUGAUUAUGCACAUUUAAAUGUACAUGUAGAUAAGUUGCAGUAUUCUUUUAUUUUCCAGAUUACAAAUUACAAUUUUUAGUAACGAUUUGCAUAAGAAACAACACAAAUUAUUUCUUCCUCAACCUACAGCUCUCAUACCAUAUUAAAGGCAAAUUUUUAAAGCAGCUUUUUAAUGGAAUAUCUGCAUUCAGAGUGAUAGAAAUUAAAUCAAUAAUGGACAAUUAAGAUGCAAACAAAGAAAUCACAAUAGCAUCAAGAGUCCUAGGUUUCUAAACAUUAAUCUAUUAAUUCUUAUAGGUGCAAAUUAAUUGGAAAUAAAAAGUCAAAUGUGUGCAUUAAUCUGGGAUAAAUGAAAUAAUCUAUCCUUUCUACAUACCAACCCAUGUAAUAACAACUCUCUUCACAUUAGAAAUCAUAAAAUCCUGGUUGUUGAGUAACAUGAUAAAUCCCAUUUCCAAGGCUCGCAUUUAUAAGACAAAUAAAUAAUUGAUAA